AUGGCUCCAAAGAAACAAACAAAAAACAAAAAGGACGAACAAGACGAAGAAAUGACAGCAACAGAAACUACUGAUGAAAUGGAAGAAGUUGUUAUUACAAGUGAAAAUGACGAAGAAUCAACAGAAAAAUCAUCAUCAUCAAAGGCUUCUUCAAAGAAAACUACAACAAAAUCAAAGGAAACUAAAGAUGAUAAAAAGAAAACAACAACAAAAAAGAAAGAUGGUUUAUUUAAAGGUCUUACUUUUUAUUUAGAUAUUUCAUCAUCAACUGGUAAUGAAGGAAGUGAAGCAAUUAUAUCAAAAUUAGAAGAAGAUGGUGCAUCAGUUUUAAAAAGAUGGUCCGAUAAGGUUACACAUUUAAUAUUCUUGAAAGGAAAAGCACAAAAUUAUAAGAAGGCUUCUGAAAGUGAUAAGAUCAAAAUUGUAAAUCCUGCAUGGGUUAAUGAUUGUGUAAAACAAAAGAAAGUAAUUUCAAUUGAAUCUAAACAUAAACCAGAAGAACCAGAAUCAGGUAAAAGAAAGAAAGGAGAUGAUGCUGCAAGUGAUAAAUCAAAGACUAGUACUAAAACAACAAAAGCUUCCGAUAAGAAGAAGAAAGGUGAAGAAAAAGAAGAUGAAGAAGAAAAAGAAUCAUCAAAGGAAGGUGAUGAAGAAGAAAAGAAGGAAGAAGAUAGUGAACCUGCAAAGAAAAAGACUAAAAACAACAACAAAACAACAACUGGUAAAACAACAACUAAGAAAUCUUCCGAUAAGAAUGAUGAAGAAGAAAAAGAAGAUAAAGAAGAAAGUGAAUCAAAGGAUGAUAAAUCAAAAGGAUCAAAAUCUACUACUGCUACAAAGGCUAGUUCAUCAAAGGAUAAAGAUGACAAGAAGAAAACUACUGAUGAUAAAUCAAAGACAACAACAACUGGUAAAACAACAACUGUAAAGAAGGCUUCAGAUUCUAAAAAGAAAGAUGAUGAUGAAAAGAAAAAGACUACAACCACAAAGAAAUCAACUGAUGAUAAAACUAAAGAUGAUAAAAAGAAGAAAGAAAAGAAAGAUGAUGAAAAGAAAAAGAAAGAAAAGAAAGAAUCAUCAAGUGAAAAGAAAGAACCAAAGAGACCUCCAAGUGCAUAUAAUAUUUUUGUUGCAGAGAAAAAAAAAGAAAGUAAGGAUUUAUCAGUUGCAGAUGCAGGUAAAUUAUGGAAAACUUUAUCAGAAGAUGAAAAGAAACCAUAUAAUGAAAAAGCAACAAAAGCAAAAGAAGAAUUUUUAAAAUUACAUCCAGAAGCAGCUAAAAAAUCAACACCAAAGAAAGAAACAGAAAUUUGGGAUGAUGAUGAAGAUGAUGAAGAUGAUUAUUUUGAUAACGAUGAAGCAGAUUCAAUUGAUGAAGAAGGAAAUAUUUUAAAAUUUGAUUUUACUGGUUUUGAUGUUCAAUCACCUGUUGAAGCAAUUAAGAAACCAACUAAGGGUAAAUAUAUUAUUGAAAUGUCUUCUGUUGGUGAUGAAGAUAAAUUUAAAAUGAUUCAUACAAUGCAAUCAAGAAUUGAUAGUGAACCUGAAAUUUCAAAGAAUGAAGAAACAGGUAUAAUUAAGAAGAAAUUACCAAAAAGAAUUAUGAAUGAUUUUUCAUGGGCAACUCCACAUGAUAGAAAUUUCAAUUUUGAAGAUUAUAAUGGUCAAUAUUUUACACAUUUAAUUGUUCCAAAAGAUGAAAAAUGUAGAAGAACACUCAAAGUACUUUAUGCAAUUGCUUUUGGUGCUUAUAUUGUUACAGUUGAUUGGUUUUAUGCAUGUGAAAAAGAAGGUAAAAAAGUUGAUGAAGAACCAUAUUCAGUUGAUUUUUCAGAAAUUUCAGCUAAAUCAAGAUCAUUAAUUCAAUCAGAAGAAGAUAAAAAGAAGAGAAAAUCAAGAAAAUCUUCAAGUUCAAUAGAUGGUGAAGAAGCUGAAGAACAAACAAGUGAUGAUACAGAAGAAAAGAAGAAAGGUUCACUUCUUUUAUUAUCUGGUUUAAUUAUUCAUGUUUCAAGUAAUUGUAAACCUCCUGCUAAACAUUUAAAGAGAUUAAUUGAAUUAUUAGGUGGAAAAUGUGUAAAUACUUUAAGAGCAGCUCAAUAUUGUAUUGUUAGUGAACCUGAAAGUGCAAAAUCAUCUGUAUCUUGUCAUAUGGUAAAUGAGAAAUGGCUUCUUGAUACUAUAAGUAAUUAUCAAUUACCUUCAGAUUUCACUCCUUAUGAAGUUAAACCAAUUGAAGAAUCUCCUAAAAUUGAAUCAACAAAGAAGAAAACAAAGAAAAUUUCUGAAAAGAAGGAAACUAAAAAGGAGGAAAAGAAAGAUACCAAGAAGAAAGAAACUAAGAAGAAGGAAGAAAAGAAAGAGGGUAAGAAGAAAGAAGAAAAGAAGGAUGAGGGAGAGGAAGAAGAAGCUGAGAAACCAGAAGAAUCUAAGGAUGAAGAUAAUGAUGUAAAAAUGACUGAAAAAGAUGCUGAUGCAACUGAUGAUGAAAAAGCUGCUGACGCUGAAGAAGAAGAACCAACCUUCUAAAUUUUGUAAAAUAAAUAAUUUAUUAAAUAU